AACAUUUCCAAGGAAUCUCUUGGUUGGUAACUAUCCAAAGUGUGUAAAGAGGUUUCUCUUCCCUACUUUGUGUCAUCAGAAAUUACAGAGAAACUGCAGACAACAUCAUUGGAAGACUCUAAUUCACCUGACAGAAUGUCACAAGACGUUUCAAAAACAAAGACUCAUGGCCAGACUCCGAAGUCCACUGUGAAAUGGUACCAUGUGGAAUUUGAAGCUGAUAUCCUAGUGGAUACAUACGCAGGCCUGUUAAGUGAUCAAUCCAUUAUCUUGGCCAUCAACUCUAGUUUUGUUGAUCCUUUGAUGCAAUUUGAGGCACAGUUGAAGAUAAUAGAGAUAUCUUUCCAAAAGCUGUUUUCCUUACCAAAUCUUAACAGAGUGAAAUCAAUGGGGAAAGACCCUAAAGACAUUGAGGACAUAGAGAAUUUAUAUAAAAAUAUUUUCAAUGUAUAUGAAGAUACUCUUAUUAUCUUAGUGUCUAAAGACUUCUACAAGAUACAGAUCUUAAAGGAAAUGACCACGUGGAUGAAUCAGAAUGAACAGUACCUGCAAGAACGAGCAAUGCUGAUCAUCACGAGAGUGCUAAUGUUUGCAUCCAAGAGAGCCAAAAAAUGCCCAAGUAUCGAUGCUCCGUGUUUAGGUGUCAUGGCAGCAGAGCUCUCACUCUUGUGUGCCCAUGAAGAUCCCUUAAUCACACAACAAGCAUCCUCAGGCAUGAAUUAUGUCCUCUACAUUGCAAUGUGUCAGAACUCUAAUGCUAAAAAACCCAAAUCCAUCAGGCUAAGUGAUGGAGAAACCGAUAACCUCCACGUGACAAGUUCUGACUUUGAAUUACUAUACAAGACCACACAAGGAGGCAGAAACAAAAUUGCCCAGAGUGUGGGACAAAUACUACUGCCUCACUUAUUGACUGACUUCGUGUUUACCCUCCUGAAGAAACUUUCCUCACCUGAUACAGACACAGCAUUUGAGGCUGCAUCCUUACUGAAGCUGACUUUGGAUUAUCAUGCUCAGAAGAUCACCAUGGUGUCAAAAAUUGUGGAUGACAUUUAUGAGCAGCUCUCUAUGGAUUCCUCCCAUGCUAUGAAGGCUGUCUUGUUGAAUGUUAUCAGCCUGCUGACAAGAACCUCCCCUAAGAAGGUGAUCUUUCAGCUCUUGGAGUUCCCAGUCCCUGUGGACAAGGCUCUGCUACUGAUGUGGCAAGCAGUGAGUACGGAGUCAAGUGUCGCAUUUCAAGUUCUGAAGACAAUCUUGUCAGUACUGAAAGGAAAGCCUGGAGAGGUGGAGGGAACCCUGGUAGAAAGAAGACGCUUCUCCCUCGAUGCCACCAACAUGAUGCCUGUGGCGGCUUCCCAGGCCCUGUGCACCUUUCUACUUGUGAAUUCUUAUAGGAAAGUGGUGGCCAAGCUUUUCCCUGAGUUCCUGAUGGCCCUCAUGCUUCAACUCUUCUACUGUAGUCAGCUUUUAAAAGACACGGGACAGGACAGACCUCUCUAUGUACGAGAUGGCCUGAAGGCCCUGCUGAAUUGCUCUGGACUAAAAGAAGUGAAUGAAGCUCUAGAGAAAAAGAAUUUCUGGAACCAGUUUGCUCAAGACAUGGAUCACCAGUACGGGAUCCACUUCAUUGCAAAAACUCUAAGUGAAUGUAAUUUUCCACAGUUUCCAGAGACCCUACAUUAUGUCUACAAGAUUGCAGUCAAAGAUAGUAGGAGAUCAGAAGACACCAUCGUCACAAUAAUAUUCUUCACUGAACUUCUGAAAAACUUCUUCAAGGAAUCAUUACCCAAGGAAUUUUUUACUCCCUUCAGAAGCUGGAUCAACGACUCCAAUCCUUCAGUUAGCAAAAUGAGCCUUCAGAAAAUUGCAAGCAUGGCACCAGUUUUCAGUGAAAUACAAAACGUCUCCAACUUGUUACUCCCAAUCUUGGAUGCUUUUCUUUCCAAAGAGCACACUGUUAUCAUACGGGCCAUGCUCACCCUCCGAAACAUUUUGAGCAAACUGGACAAGGUGAUCUACUCCACAGUGUGUGACAAGAUUGCUUCCAGCUACUGUCCUCUUAUGGAUCAUGUUAAUGGUGGUGUUCAGUGCAUGGCCAUUCGACACUUUGGUGACUUGCUUAUGGAUAUGAGUGACUACAAAUGGAUGCUGAACCAUACAAUCCUAGGAGGUCUUGUGCCCCUGAUCCUGUUUUUGGAGUCUACAGAAUUAAGAAUUAUGAAAGCUUGCAGAUAUACACUAACUAUGUGCUUCUCACAACUAAAGUGGUCAACAGCAUAUCUGCUCCAGGAGGAUAAUUACGAUUUUGAGUCACUGGUUCUCAGUAUCUGCAACAACCUUAUUUCUUCUUAUGAGAGUUACAUUAUAGACUUAAUAUCUGAUACCUUAGGGUUCCUGGGAAGCUCUCGAGCCUUUCUGAAGAGAGGAUCCAUUAUAUUAGUAGGGUACUUGGGGAAAUCUGGAGAAUAUUUACUGCUCAGAGAAGAAAUUGAUGUCAUGAUUGAGGACUCUCUAUCAGUGGAAGUGCAGACUGGCACUAUUCUGAUCCAUGACUUGAAACCAUAUAUGAUUGUUGAACGAGUGACUCGGGAGGAGGAUCCUGUGAUCGCGAUAUUGGCAGAAAAAACCCACAAGCUUUUUAAAGAAAUAGCCUAUAGAAUAGCCUCUUCAACAGUUAAACAAACCCUUCGGAGAUGGGUUAAGGUGAUCCGUGCAAAAAAAUUGAAGCCCAUUUAUAACUUGCCUAAUGUUAUAGCCAUUGUGGAGAAGAAGACUGUGGAAGACUUUGUAGAAAUGAAAGACAAAGAAAGCCUGCUAGAGCUUACUGAUGAGAAAUCCAACGUGCAAGUUCAAAAGAAAGAAUCAUUCUUUGCCACUUAGGAACCUCAGUCUAUGUUUAAAUCCUUUUCUGAGGGAAUACUAAAAGUUAUCACGAAUCCUUCUAAUUAUUAAAUAUAUAAGUCUGAACAGUCUACCACAUGCCUGAUGUUGAGAAAACCCCUUCCAUAUAGCACCAAGAAACCUGAGGCACAUCCUUAUGCUUUCUUAGCCAAGCUGGGUAGGCACUGCUCUAUUCUGUCUUAACAUCCUGGUCAAAAAUCUCUCCCAUUGCAUUUAUCAGAUUGUCCUAAAAUCAUUGCCUUCUUUCUCACAGAACUAAAUUUUACUGAAAGCACCCAUUUUAUCUUGUAUGUGUGCUCUAGGAUGCACAGCACUUGGUAUCUGAUGUAAAAAAAUCCAGUGAACACUUGCCAGAUAAGUUAAAUGCCAAUAGAACAUAUUGCUUUUAUGCUUUGUUAUACAUGAACGAUGUUAUGUCAUCCCCACAUACUUGUAGGCAUUACUUAACACAAAUAAUAAACUGUCAAUUAUUUGAAAGGGGACUGACAGACA